GGGGCGCACGGUGCGAUCGGAAUACCGGAGUACUGUUGUUUGAAGUGGACCUGUUUACUGUCACGAGGAGAUUUAAAAGUGCUGUAUAAAGUUUGUAGAAGUGCUCGCGCGGGACAUGGCUGGUUCCGCCGCGCUCGUGCUGGAGGUUUUCUUACUGGUGUACACCGCCGCGCUGGGAGCUGCGCGAUCCGAGUACGGAACCGUGCAAAUGGGACACGCCGAAAAAGGUGGCUGCUCGUUCGAUGACGGCCCAUCACAGUGUGAUUACCAGCAGGAUCCAUAUGAUGAUUUUGAUUGGACACACGUCAGCGCCCAGGAAGUGCCGUACCUGUCCCCCGAACUGCCUCAAGGUUCGUACAUGAUGGUGGACUCGUCCCAGCAUGACCCGGGUGAGAGGGCGCGUCUUCAGCUCCCCGUGAUGAAAGAGAACGACACCCACUGUAUAGACUUUAACUACUUACUGUACGGCACGGACGGCUCCUGUCCCGGCACGCUCAACGUGUUGGUGAAGGUGAACAAAGGACCGGCCGCCAAUCCCAUCUGGAACAUCAGCAGCCACACCGGAAACACCUGGAGGAAAGCCGAGCUCGCCGUCAGCACCUUCUGGCCCAACGAGUACCAGGUGAUAUUCGAGGCGGAGGUCGCCGGCGGUCGGAGAGGUUUUGUAGCGAUCGAUGACGUGCAGGUCCUGAGUUAUCCGUGUGAUAAAUCACCUCAUUUCCUGCGUUUGGGGGAUGUGGAGGUGAACGCGGGCCAGAACGCCACCUUCCAGUGCAUCGCCACCGUACGGGACGCAGUUAAUAACAAGCUUUGGCUACAGAAGCGGAACGGCGAGGACAUUCCCGUGGCUGAGAAAAAGAACAUCAAUCACAGGAAGUUCGCUGCGUCGUUCCGACUGAACGAGGUGACCAAUCAGGAUCAAGAUCUGUACCGCUGUGUUACCCAAUCAGAGCGCGGCUCCGGGGUCAGCAACUUCGCCAGCCUUAUCGUCAGAGAACCUCCGAGGCCGAUCGCUCCUCCUCAGCUGCUCGGUGUUGGUCCGACGUACCUCCUGAUCCAGCUGAACGCCAACUCCAUAUUCGGCGACGGUCCCAUCAUCCUGAAGGAAGUGGAGUACCGCAUGACGUCGGGCUCGUGGACGGAGACUCACGCUGUUAACUCUCCACAUUACAAGCUGUGGCACCUCGAUCCCGACACCGAGUACGAGAUCCGAGUCCUGCUGACACGCCCCGGAGAGGGCGGGACCGGCAAACCAGGACCGGCGCUGAUUACACGUACCAAGUGUGCAGAACCCAUGCGGACGCCGAAGUCGCUGAAGAUAGCCGAGACCGGUUCCCGCUACAUCUCGGUGGACUGGGAGUCUCUGGGCUACAACAUCACACGCUGCCACACCUUCAACGUCACCAUCUGCUUCCACUACGUCACCCGCAUCAACCGGAGCCACGGCCAGCUCGGUGACCGUAUCCACGGCGACUGUCUGGAGAUGGACCCGAAGGCACCGCGCCAUGUGGUGCCCAACCUGCCGCCCAACACCAAUGUCAGCCUGAAGAUGAUCCUGACCAACCCGGAGGGUCGAAAAGAGAGUGAGGAGACCAUCGUCCAGACUCAGGAAGAUGUACCUGGCCCUGUUCCCAGUGCCUCUCUGAAAGCCACCCCAUAUGAGGAUCAAAUCUACCUGAACUGGAAAGAGCCUCUCGAGCCCAACGGCAACAUCACACAGUAUGAGAUCACCUACAGCAGUGUGUCCUCGUUCGACCCCUCUGUGCCGUUACUGCGCCCCCCACUGAUGGUCACGUUACCGUUUAACGCCUCCCACCACGUUUUCUCUCAGCUUUACCCAGGAACCACAUACCUGUUCACCAUCAGAGCUCGUACCAGCAAGGGCUUCGGUCCACCCACCACCAUCAACAUCACCACCAACAUCUCAGCUCCAGUUCUGGAGGAGUACGAUGGGGCUGAGGCGUUCCUCAAUGAAACUGCCACCACCAUCACCGUCCUGCUCAAACCUGCCCAGGCUAAAGGAGCGCCCAUCAGUGCUUAUCAGAUCAUAGUGGAAGAGCGGAACCCUCACCGUUCCCGUAGAGAGGCGAGCAAAGUCGAGUGCUUUCAGACGCCCGUCUCCUACCAGCUGUCCUCCAGCUCCGGAUCCCCGUACUACUUUGCCGCAGAGCUUCCUCCGGGGAGCCUUCCAGAACCUUCUCCGUUUACUGUGGGGGACAAUAAGACGUACCGUGGGUACUGGAACGCCCCGCUGGCACCUCGGAAAAACUACAACAUCUACUUCCAGGCUGUGAGCAGUGUGGAGAAGGAAACGAAGACUCAGUGUCUCAAAUUGGCAGUUAAAGGUGCGACAGAGGAGCCAGAGGUGAUUCCUGAUCCUGCUAAACAGACGGACCAGGUGGUUAAAAUUGCCGGGAUUAGCGCUGCAGUUCUAGUCUUUAUCUUACUGCUGCUCGUCGCCAUUUUACUGGUGAAGAAACGGAGGACCUACUAUUCUUACUCAUAUUACCUAAAACUAGCAAAGAAGCGUAAGGACGCAGCUGGUAAUGCCCGGCAGGAGAUGACCCACAUGGUGAACGCUAUGGACCGCAGUUAUGCUGAGCAGAACACACUGCACACAGAGGAACCGGUGACGGUCACCUACAUGGACUCGCACACCUUUAACAAUCGCUUGCCCAACGAUCCGCUUGUGCCCACAGCCGUGUUAGUACCGAUCACAGACGAGAACCACGCUGCUGCGGCAGAGAACAGCCGUCUGUUAGACGUUCCUCGUUUUCACUGUGAAGGAACCGAGUCUCCGUACCAAACGGGGCAGCUUCAUCCGGCCAUACGUGUAGCAGAUUUACUGCAGCACAUCAACCUGAUGAAGACCUCAGACAGUUAUGGAUUUAAAGAGGAGUACGAGAGUUUUUUUGAAGGUCAGUCAGCUUCCUGGGACGUGGCAAAGAAAGAACAGAAUCGAACCAAGAACCGUUACGGCAACAUCAUCGCCUACGAUCAUUCUCGAGUGAUCCUGCAGCCGGUGGAAGACGACCCCUCGUCCGAUUACAUCAACGCCAACUACAUAGACAUUUGGCUGUACAGGGAUGGUUAUCAGAGGCCGAGUCACUACAUCGCAACCCAAGGUCCGGUCCACGAGACGGUGUACGAUUUCUGGAGGAUGAUCUGGCAGGAGCAGUCGGCGUGUAUCGUCAUGGUAACCAACCUGGUGGAGGUGGGACGGGUGAAGUGUUAUAAGUACUGGCCGGACGACGCGGAGGUGUACGGAGAUUUUAAGGUGACGUUUGUGGAGGUGGAGCCACUGGCCGAGUACGUAGUGCGCACCUUCACUCUCGAACGGAGAGGCUUUAAUGAAGUUCGGGAGGUGAAGCAGUUCCACUUCACCGGUUGGCCGGAUCAUGGAGUUCCGUAUCAUGCUACUGGACUGCUGUCCUUCAUCCGCCGAGUCAAAAUGUCCAACCCACCCACCGCAGGACCGAUUGUAGUACACUGCAGUGCCGGGGCGGGUCGUACAGGAUGUUACAUCGUGAUCGACAUAAUGUUGGACAUGGCGGAGCGUGAAGGUGUGGUGGAUAUUUACAACUGUGUCAAAGCGCUCCGAUCACGCCGCAUCAACAUGGUGCAGACUGAGGAACAGUACAUCUUUAUCCAUGAUGCCAUAUUGGAGGCGUGUCUGUGUGGGGAUACAGCCAUCCCUGUCUGUGAAUUUAAAGCAGCGUAUUACGACAUGAUCCGAAUCGACUCACAGAGUAACUCCUCACACCUUAAAGACGAGUUCCAGACUUUGAACUCGGUGACCCCCCAGCCUCAACCAGAGGACUGCAGCAUCGCCCUUCUGCCUCGAAAUCACGAGAAAAAUCGAUUCAUGUCCAACCUGCCACCAGACCGCUGUUUACCCUUCCUCAUCACCAUCGAUGGAGAGAGCAGCAACUAUAUCAAUGCUGCACUCAUGGACACGUCAGGAGUGUACCAGAGCUACAGGCAGCCUGCAGCGUUUAUCGUGACCCAGCACCCCCUACCCAAUACAGUGAAGGAUUUCUGGAGGUUGGUGUACGAUUACGGCUGCACCUCCAUUGUCAUGCUGAACGAGAUCGACCUCGCCCAGGGUUGUCCUCAGUACUGGCCUGAAGAGGGGAUGCUCAGGUACGGUCCGGUACAGGUCGAGCGAGUCUCCUGCUCCAUGGACUGUGACGUCAUCAGCCGCAUCUUUAGGAUAUGCAACCUCACCAGACCACAGGAGGGCUACCUGAUGGUACAGCAUUUCCAGUACCUUGGGUGGGCGGGGCUUAGAGAGGUACCAGCCUCAAAGCGCUCGUUCCUGAAGCUGAUCCUGCAGGUGGAUAAAUGGCAGGAGGAAUGUGAGGAGGGCGAAGGACGCACCAUCGUACAUUGCCUGAAUGGAGGAGGGCGCAGUGGUGUAUUUUCGGCCAUCAGUAUUGUGUGUGAGAUGAUUAAAAGGCAGAACGUGGUCGAUGUGUUUCACGCCGUCAAGAGUCUGAGGAACAGCAAACCCAACAUGGUGGAUACACCGGAGCAGUACAGAUUCUGCUACGACGUCGCGCUGGAGUACAUCGAAAACUCCUAAAGGAAAUGUGAUCCACACUAAAUCACUUUUUAAGGCAUUGUUUGUGUUCUUCGUCCGUCAGGCGGUGUGGUACAGAAAAUGAAAAGUGUGCCAUUAAGGUACUUCUGUGGCUUGGGGCUGUGUCCCAAACUGCAUACAAAAAACCUCCUGUAUGACAUGUUUGAUAGAUACUGAUUAUUAAGCUUAGUGAUUAGCAGUUAAUGCUAUGGCCUUCCUGUUUUGUUUGUCUGCGGCUGCUGUCCUGAACUUUCAUUAGCAUGUCAUCAUCUCGAUGAAUGCUAAAAUGCUACAUCACCAGUGCUAACCUUUCCUAGUACAAAUGUUGAUGCUGUACACAUUCUGUACAGAUUUAAAGUGAUUUUGGGACAGAGCCUCAGUUGUCAGUUAGCUGUUUGGUGGUGACUGCUAAUCACUAGCUAGCUGUAAGACAUUUUAGCAAAACAAUCUGUACACAGUACUCAUGCAUGAGAAAAUUUUUUUUUCGAUGUAUCAACAAGGGUGGAGCUUAGGUUCAAUUAAAU